AUUCCUGCGCCCGCAGGACGGAGCGGACGCCGAUCCCUUCGGGCGGACUGGACUCCACCAUGGAGCCAGUGGAGACCUGGACCCCCGGGAAGGUGGCAGCCUGGCUGAGAGGGCGUAGAGGGCUGUUAUUAAACCCAUUUUUCUGAAGCGGAAACUGACGCUCUGAGCCAGGAAGUGAUUUGCUCUGGCUUUGGAAUAGAGCCUGCCCGACUUCCCAUCUCUCCAUCCUGAGGCUCCUCGUGUGCGAAGCAGAGCCCCAACCAGAUGAAAGGCCUCGAUGAUUCCCUGCAGGAUUACUGCUUUGAGGACUGGGAGCUGCCUGGCAAGUACCUGCUGCAGCUCUGCCCCCGUAGCCUCGAGGCUCUGACCGUGCGCCCUCUGGGCCACCAGGAGCUCAUCCUGGAAGGGGUGGAACAGCUCCGGGCCCUGAGUUCCGGGCUACAGACAGAGAACCUGCAGAUCCUGACGGAGAGGCUGCUGGAGGGGACCCGUGUCUUCCAGAGCUUAGUCCAAGGCCGCCUGGGGGGCUGUGCCGAGCCCCCUGCUGAUGUCCUCAGUGCGGCUGUGGAGCUGGUGCGUGAGGCCCGCACCCUCCUCUUCUGGCUCAACAGGCACCUCUUCACCCACUUGAAUGACUUCUCGGCCUGCCAGGAGAUUGGGGAGUUGUGUCGGAAGCUGGGCCUGGCCUUGCAGGAGGACUGCCCAGCAGCGGAGAGGGAGAGCCGAGUCCUGAGGAUUUGCAGCCACGUGACCGGGAUCUGCCACAGCAUUCUGAGCUGCAGCCCCCAGGAGCUUCUGGAGCAGAGGGCCGUGCUGGAACGCGUGCAGCUGGAUGAUCCUCUGGGCCUGGAAAUCCACACCACCAGCAACUGCCUGCACUUCGUGUCCCAAGUGGGCACCCAGGUCCCUCCCAACAUCCAGCUACAGAUCCUGCCUGGGGAUGAGAUUGUCCAGGUCAACGAGCAGGUGGUGGUGGGCUGGCCCCAUAAGAAUGUGGUGAGGGAGCUGUUUCGGGAACCAGCCAAGGUCAGCUUGGUGCUGAAGAAGGUUCCGGUGCCGGAGACCCCUCCACAGUCCCCUCCGCAGGCCCUGGGCUCCCCACAGCUGAGGGUCCCAUCGCUGGCUCAGGACCCACUGUCUCCCAGGGCCACAUCUGAAGACGUCUUUGCCUUCAACCUGACUUCAAACCCAAGUCCUGGGUCCAGCCCUGCCUCAACAGACUCUGCCUCUCUUGACCCUGAGCCCCUGCCCAUUACACCUGCAUCCCCAGCCACACUCCCAGCAGGGGGAGCAGAGACUCGUGAACCCCUAGAAAACAAGAGUCCUGUCCUUGAUCGGAAGAAAUCAAAAGGCGUGGCGACGCGGCUGAGCCGCCGGCGGGUGUCCUGCCGGGAGCUGGGCCAGCCGGACUGCGAUGGCUGGCUCCUGCUGCGCAAGGUGCCCGGUGGCUUCAUGAGCCCUCGCUGGCGCCGCUGCUGGUUUGUGCUCAAGAGACACAAGCUCUACUGGUACCGCCAGCCCCAGGAUGAGAAGGCUGAGGGCCUCAUCAACGUCUCCAACUACAGUCUGGAAAGUGGGCAUGAUCAGAAGAAAAAAUAUGUGUUCCAGCUCACCCAUGACGUGUACAAACCCUUCAUCUUUGCUGCUGAUACCCUGGCGGAUCUGAGCAUGUGGGUGCGCCAUCUCAUUACCUGCAUUUCCAAGUACCAGUCUCCGGGCCAGGCCGCCCUACCCCGAGAGGAAGACUGCUACAGUGAGACAGAAGUAGAAGACCUUGACGAUGAGGCUGGGUCCCGCUCAGCCUCGCCCAGCCUGGGCCAAGCUGGGAGUCCCCCCCAUGGAGACACAUCACCUGCAGCCACCCCUACGCAGGGCAGCCCACGGACCUCCUUUGGCCUUCCAACAGACAGCAGUGAGGGGACAUUGGAAGGAAUGGUGCGGGGGCUGAGGCAGGGUGGCGUGUCCCUCCUGGGCCAGCCACAGCCCCUCACUCAUGAACAAUGGCGGAGCUCUUUCAUGCGGCGCAACCGAGACCCCCAGCUCAAUGAGCGAGUGCACCGUGUGCGGGCACUACAGAGCACACUCAAGGGACUCUCCUUACAGGCAAAGCUGCAGGAGCUGCAGGCCCUGGAAGAAGUGCUGGACGACCCUGAGCUGACUGGAGAGAAGUUCCGACGGUGGAAAGAGCAGAACCAAGAGCUCUACUCAGAGGGUCUGGGGGCCUGGGGCGUGGUGCAGGCUGAGAGCAGCUCCCAAGUCCUGACCUCUGGCUCCAGAGAACAUUCUGCCCAAGCCCUGUCCUCUGACCCUGAGGAGCACUCUCAUCAUUGCCACCUGACCCCAGAGAGCAACCUCUGACUCUGACCAGCAUCUGGUUCCUGACCUCUGGCCCCGAGGACCACCUCCACCUCUGGCCUCAGGCUUUACCCCAGCCGACCCCCUUCUGCCUGAGUGGCCACCAUUUCUGCUCCCUUCUCCCCUGGAGUGGGCUAAUGUAAUGUGAUCUCUGUGCCACCCUCUCCCACCUUGGCAACAAAAGAGUGGGAGGCAAGGCUGAAAGAAACUCUCUGCUGUCCGUCCUCUGACCUGUGGGGGUGCACACCUGCCUCCCUCAGUCCUUUGGCACUUCUCCCUCCCCAAACCGGUCUGUACAGGCCUUCCUGACUUUACACAAGAGACACUUCAACCAAAUAAAGUCAAUUUCUCUAAAAUGAA